AUGGCCGGUCAGCUCCCACGUCGGAUUACCAAAGAAACACAGCGACUUCUCCAAGACCCCGUCCCUGGAAUCUCUGCCACUCCUGAUGACAACAAUGCUCGCUACUUCCAUGUUAUAAUUGCUGGGCCUGAAGGCUCCCCGUUUGAAGGAGGAGUUUUCAAACUGGAGUUGUUCUUGCCAGAGGAGUACCCGAUGGCUGCUCCCAAGGUCAGAUUUAUGACAAAAAUAUACCAUCCGAACAUAGAUAAAUUGGGAAGGAUCUGUUUGGAUAUCUUGAAGGGUAAGCGUUCUUCAAUUAUUUUUUUAUGUUUAGAUAAAUGGUCACCGGCUCUUCAAAUUCGGACAGUCCUGUUAUCGAUUCAGGCUCUUCUCUCUGCUCCCAAUCCAGAAGACCCUUUGGCCACGGAUGUGGCCGAGCAAUGGAAAACCAACGAAUCCGAUGCAAUUCGCACCGCCCAGGACUGGACUCGGCUCUAUGCUAACGGGAACUAA